AUGUCCAAGACUAGUGCAAGAGCAAGAACCUGGUUCCUAUUUGCACUAGCACUAGCACAUGGAAUUGCAACAACGGCUUCGACACUGACGCCCACUGUGCACACGACAAAUGGGACGCUCGUUGGUGUCCGGAACACGCAAUACGAGCAGGACUUCUUCCUUGGGAUUCCGUAUGCGCAGCCGCCUGUUGGCAAGCUGCGGUACCGUCGUCCACGGCCCGUUGCGCAGACGUGGGGGGAGCGGCGAGAUGCCACGGAGUAUGGGGCGGGAUGCUAUGCUGCACCUGUGCCCUUGCCAGUGUUUGAUCAACAAGGCGUCUCUUACGCGGAAAGCGAGGACUGCUUGACACUGAACGUGGUGCGUCCUGCCGGUGUUGACAAGGCCGAUACCAAGUUGCCAGUGCUGGUUUGGAUUCAUGGUGGGGGGUUCUCUGAGGGCAAUAGUGCAGAUCAGAGAUAUAAUAUUUCCUUCCUAGUGCGGGAGUCUGUGGAUGUGGGAGCACCCGUCAUCGGCGUCACGAUAAACUAUCGACUUUCCGGCUUUGGCUUCUUGCCUGGCAGCCGGCUGAAUCGGACGGGCGUUGCGAAUCUAGGACUGUACGAUCAGCGAUUAGCACUGGGUUGGAUUCAAGACAAUAUUGCUGCUUUUGGGGGGGAUCCGUCGCGGGUGACGCUACAGGGGGAAUCUGCCGGUGCUAUCUCAGUUGGACACCAAUUUCUCGCCUUUGGAGGACGGGAUGACGGACUGUUUCGUGCUGGUAUCAUGCAAAGUGGUGGAGUGGGAGCAGGAGCCCCUUUCCUUCCUGAAGAGGCUCAAGAUAUCGCGUAUAACAGGGUGUUAAACGAGACUGGGUGUACGAGUUCAAAAGACACACUCGACUGUCUGCGGGAAGUGCCUGUCGAUCGGUUAAGGGCCGCUUUCCAGGGCAUGGAAUACUUUCCAUCCAUAGACGGAGACUUGGUGGGCGAGCACCCAGCCGUAGAUCUCGAUGCUGGAAGAUUUGUCCGCCGUCCUAUACUCACCGGGACAAACACAAAUGAGGGCACUGCCUUUACUAUUGUCGAAGACUUGUUCCCACAAACCACGACGGAUUUCCGCGCCGCCAUGGCAAGAUACUUGCGUCCUGGCACGCCUAAUACAACCCUUAAUGUCAUCGCCGCUGACUACCUCAACAACAUGUCGUCCGAAGAAGCUCAACUCGCCCUCGGCACCGUCCUGCCCUCUUCUAACCUAGCCUACGGCGCUCUCUACGGCCGCGCCACUAUAUUCCGCGGUGAUCAGCUCUUCAUGGCCGCCCGCCGCUACAGCACGGAAACGUGGGCAAGAUACGGCGUUCCAGCAUACAGUUACCGGUUCGACGUGGUGCCGAGCGGCGUGGACGCCAGAACAUUAGGGGUAUCCCACUUUGCAGAAGUCCCCUUUGUCUUCCAUAAUCUCGACGGCGUGGGUCACGACAUCAAUUUCCUCGCCUCCGAUUUCCCAGCAGAACGCGAAGCUUUGGUCAGGCUAAGUGGGCGUAUGAGCCGCAUGUGGCUCAGCUUCGUGAAUGAGCUUACCCCGAAUUCUCACUAUAGUUUGGCGCAGGAUGUGCUUUCUUAUCUCUCUGUUGACACAUAUCUUGCUGCAGGUGGAAAAGGUCAGGUACCGAGGUGGCCGGUAUACUCAAACCGAAGUAAAGUGAACAUGUUGUUUAGAAAAGAGGGCGUCAGUCUGGAACGCGACGAUUGGAGGGCUAGUGCGAUUCGUCGCCUGAACGACGUCGACCUUCUUGCUUGA